AUGAUACUCUACAGCUACAGCUACUAUACGUCGCGUAAAAAGAUAUUGGCCUACAUGAAAGAGAAUAGGUAUGGCCUCAUCUUUCAUUCAACCUUUAUUGGACGCGCAGGUGCAAAAAAUAAAAGACGUAUUUCCAGAUACCUAGCAAAUAAGUGUACCAUAGCAUCUAGGGUUGACAAUUUUUCAGACAUCCCAACCUCAGAGAUUGGUCAGCGUUUAAAGCAGCAAGUUGAUGACAGGCUUAAGUUCUAUGAAACUGGAGAAAAUCCUGCCAACAAUAUAGAUGUCAUGAAGAUAGCUGUUAGUGAAGCUGAAGAAGCAAAACAGAAAGUCUUAAAAGCGCAUAGAAAACAAGAAAGAAAAGAGAAAAAACAAGCAAAAGAGGUAGAAGAAAAUGGGGAAUAUGAGCCAGUGAAGAAGAAGAAAAAGAAGAAGAGCAAGGAAGAGAAUGAUGAGAGUGUAGUUAAUGAGGUGGAUACAAGUGUUGGGUCUGAACUUGAUACAACUGUUGAUGGGAAGAAGAAAACGAAAAACUAUCAAAAAAACGAAAGAAAAAAACAGGACAUAACUAAACUUAGUACAUCUCUAAAUUUGUGUCGCUGA